AGGACCAGAACAGAGGAAGUGUGUGAGAGAGAGAGCAAGAGCGACAGUGAGCAAAAGGGAGGGUGUGAGGCGAGUGAGCAUAUGUGAGUGUAUCUGAGAAAGCGGAGACGGCACACUGUGGAGUAGUGCUCAGUGACUGACAGCUAAAGUGUUGAGCUGAAGGCGACUUUCUAAUAAUCAGGGGAAAUAAAAUGAUACAGGCUCUGUUGAGGCAGAAUUGAAGGGCUGAAGGGAUAUGGAAGAAAAAAGGAAAGAAAUGGAAUGAAGGACUUUUUUCGAGGUAACUGUUUUUUCCAAACCAGGAUUCUCCAUUCAUCACAUUCCGUUAUUUCGGUGAAACGCUCUCCCAGUUUAUAGGACGGACCUGGAUGGAAGUGUGUGUAUGUGUGUAUGAAUGUGUGUUUGCAAGUGACAAAGUGAGUGUGUGUGGCACCUGUCGUCACUCAUCAUGCUUCUGAUCCAUCUCUAUAGUACGUGAACACAGGUACAUAGCGAGCGCAUGAGAGACACCUGAGGAUUCUCUGACACACACACACACACGCGCACGCACACACGCGCACACAUCUCCUGUCUCAUCUUUUCCAUCGCCUCGACAACAGGAUUAAAUCGAGCGAGCCUGCCAUCUGACAUUGCGGAUGCUCUCAACAACGGUACACUGGAAUUGAGCACAUUAUAGUGGUUAUACUUUCCUGAUUUCAUACGGAUUCAAUUUCAGCAGGUGACAAUGUUGACCUGAGACAGGAAAAGAUCUCAGUAUAAUUGCCCUCCGGUUUGGAGUACUUGGAACAAAGCAAAAGUCAUAGACCUCUUUACUGUUCUGUGGCAUUUUGCCACAUUGCUGUUGCUUUCCACUCCGUCCAUCAAUAGUAACGACUACUUCAAGAAUUGACUUAGGUAAAGACUGCAUGUGUGGGCAGCCUUCACUGGCUUUACACAUUGGGAAGUUUAACCCUGAUGGCUGUGAUAAGGGUCGAGAUCUAAGCAUGAUGAUGGAUACUAUGUGGAGACUUUUAAGGACCAAACGUAUCUGGGUCAUUCUUGAAUUGCGGUGGUAAGUGCUGUCCCUUGACUUUGGCACAAUGUAAAAACACUUCAUAAUGACAAAUAAUACACUUUGCAUUUUAUGUAAUUGGUAAUCAAUAAAAUGUAAUCCCUUUAUGCUGCUAAACGUCAAUUUUGUACGCAUUGUAGAAGCUACUGGAGAUGAGGGGCACACAUGAUUCAGGGACGUAGAGAUAUCAAUGCAUUAUUUUAAUUGCUCAACAGUUAAAAAUAGACGUGAUCAAUAGAACAGAUAAAUAAAACCAAAAAAAUUUAAACAUAUAUUGUUUUCUAAAUUAUGUUACUGCCUUGAAAAUGAGAAGAUGUACGAGGACCUUGAGCUUUCUCUCCGGUGGAAAAUUAUAUUGAGAAAUGGUCUGUAUUAAAGAAAAUGAUUAGCUAAACACAACCCUAAAGUAGGUCAUCUAUUUAGGGAAGCUAAAUAACAUUGUGAGCAAAAUAGCAUUUUCCCAUCAUAUCACUUUAGUAAAUGAUUUUCAGAAGCUUGAUGACAGAUUUUAGUGUGUGUGACCUCUAUUUUAGAAAAUUUUUGUAAUGUCAAAUUUAUGCAAGCAUCAUUGCUGUUACUACCACUAUGUCAUAAUGUUAAUACAUAUUUAAAGUAAUCAAGCUACCAUAUUAGUGGUUUAAGCAUGUGGCAAGAAACAUUUAAAUAAAUACAAUAGUAUUCAAAUUUAAUUAAUCAAAAAAGGUUGAUGAUCAAAUGCCACCGUAAUUGAAGAAAGACCCACUCCUCUCUCACCAGGUAACAGACCUGUAGGAGUAAAAGUGUCAUUAUAAGGGACGUGCUGGAGGUGUAUGGGGACUGACAUAAUGAACCUGCAUGGUAACGUAUCAGAAGGACUUCUGGGAAAUGGAGGCAGGAAUGGGUGUAACGGGAAUGACAUUCUGUCAGGCAACUUGACUCAAGGCGGCGGGGGUUACAGUGAGGAAACAAAGAUCCUGGCAUCAUCCCAGUGUGCAACAGGGAUGACAGCGGUGGACAAGAACUGGGCAGCAUUGCUUAUUCUGGCGGUCAUCGCCAUUACGGUGACGGGUAACAUCCUGGUCAUCAUCGCCGUGUCUCUAGAGAAGAAGCUCCAGAAUGCCACCAACUACUUUCUGAUGUCACUGGCUGUUGCAGACAUGUUACUGGGCAUCUUGGUCAUGCCUGUCUCCAUGGUGACCAUCCUCUAUGAAUACAGAUGGCCUCUGCCCUCUGACCUGUGUCCUAUCUGGAUCUACCUGGAUGUGCUGUUCUCCACAGCCUCUAUUAUGCACUUGUGUGCCAUCUCCCUGGAUCGCUACAUUGCCAUCAGAAACCCCCUCCACCACAGCCGCUUCAACUCCAGAACCAAGGCACGCCUCAAGAUUAUGGCUGUCUGGACCAUCUCUGUGGGUAUCUCCAUGCCCAUCCCUGUGCUGGGACUGCGGGACUACACCAAGGUGUUUAAAGACGACAGCUGCCAGCUGAAUGACGACAGUUUCGUCCUGGUGGGAUCCUUCGUGGCUUUCUUUGUCCCCCUCACCAUCAUGGUGGUCACCUACUUCCUCACCAUCGGGGCCCUGCAGACCGAAGCCACCCUCUGCCUGGACCAGCUGGUACCCCGGCCGAAGUGGAGCGUCAGCCUGACUCUGGGCUUCUUACCAACGUCCUCGCUCUCCUCGGAGAAGCUCUUCUUCAGGCGUUCGCUCAGCCGCAAGCAGGGAGGAGUCGCAGAAGGGGUGGACCUGCGGUAUGGCCGUCGAACCAUGCAGUCCAUCAGCAACGAGCAGAAGGCCUCGAAGGUCCUGGGCGUGGUCUUCUUCCUCUUCGUGGUCAUGUGGUGUCCCUUCUUCAUCACCAAUGUGCUAGCGGUGGUGUGCGACCAGGGGAACUGUAAACCGGCUGUGAUGGGCAGGCUGCUGAACGUGUUUGUGUGGGUUGGGUACCUCUCCUCAGCAGUCAACCCGCUGGUAUACACACUGUUCAACAAGACGUACCGGGCAGCGUUCUCCCGCUACAUGCGUUGCCAGUACAGCCCAGAGAGGAAGCCUCUGCAGCUCAUAUUGGUCAACACCAUCCCUCCACUGGCUUACAGCUCCACUCAACUGGCCCUAGAGGAAAUGAGCUCCCUCAGGAAUGGGGUCCACAGCAGUGGGGGACCCAGAGACUGCCUACAGGACCCGGGGAGGACAAAAUCAAACCCUAGGACAAAGAUGAAAGCAUCGGAAGUGUGUGAGUCUAUCAGCCUGUAAGGAACUUAAUCUCUCAUAAUGCUGGAGGAAUAUGCUGGGUUUUAUUGGCUUCCCCAUCUUGCCAUGAUUCUUAUUCUUUUGGGGGGGUUAGGGGUGAAUCUGAGGAACGGGUAUUCCUAUGCUGGAGCUCAGUAGCUCAGUGCUCAGUAGCUCUGCGGUCAGAGCCAUGCUGCCAGAAGCAGUCAGGAACAGGGAAAAUAAAACAGAAAGUACAGCGAGGAGAAGGACAACUAGCCAGAACUAAAGAAAACAACUGAACUAAUGCGGAAUUAUUAGCAAUGAACGACAAGAUCUGUUUCCACCAAAAUUCACAUAGCCUGGGUACCAGUUUGCUCAGUUAUCAUUCCAUUACUAGUACUAUGUGUCAUGUGCCAUAUACGCUUUGGAAAGAGUACAAGGAGUAGAAUGUUAAUGGAUGAAUAGAGACUCAUACCCAGGCUAUCGUAUAUAAAAUAUAAAUAUACUGUAUAUUUAUAUAUACAUUGUGCACAAAAGGUAUGUAAAUGUCUGUGUAUUUCGUUUUUGUUGUCAUUAACCGAAAAGUCAGAGCUAUCUUUUGAUCUUGUGUUUUCUUUCAUUCAGUAUGAAAAUACAGAAAUGUGUAUUGGUGGGAUGUAGGCUAAUGAAGAUGCGUUGAGGGAUUCCUAGGUAUUGCUCAGGGGGCUUAAGAAUCUUUCAUUUAAAGGCGUAGGGGUCAAAUGCACUAAGUGUUGUACCUAUGAUGUGAUCUGUUGUUAUACCCCCUCCCUCUUAUUAAUGGUACAGCCCACAACUGCCACUUUAAUACAUGGUUGUCCGACCUCAACCCUAACAGGCGUUGAAAAUAUGUUUUUAAAAAGAAAUGUAAAGAAAAAAGAAAAAAAAAAGAAGUCAAUACAAUGUUGUAACUCCAGUGAAAGAGUUCUGUGUAUUUGAUAGUCUAUUUUGGCACCAAUGUUUCCGCGGCAACAGCCACCAUAGAUGUCUCUUUCCAAACAAAGUAAAUGAGAAAAGGAAGCCUUAAGGUGUCAUUGUUGUCGUCAUUUUCCUUAUGUGUAUGUCCACUGGGUCAAAGCCGAGCAGAUUCAUCCACCUGCAGACCAAGGAGCGGCAAAAUGUCAGUCCUUGUUGUUCGGUGGCACACCCUGAGGCCCAUGCACACCCAUGUGCCUACAGUACCUAUCCACGGACACAGACACACA